CGACUCGCGGCUUCUGUAUGCAGGAGCGACAGAGACAGUCAGCUGAUCGUCGUUGCAUCUCGGGUGGGAGCGAUGCCGCGUGCGAGGGCUUAAAUAGCACCGGCCUGGCUCGAGCAUAUCAGUAACGGGCGACGACUCCUGCCUGCGGGUUUCGGUCGCCAGCAGCUCCUCCCACGCAUUAAAUACACUCUUAUAUAUGUACAGGUUAUACUUUAUCUAAAUCUUCGCUGAUAAUAUACUUAUCCACCGAGUGAAGCAACAAAAAUAAAAAAAAAAGUUAUUCAACUCACCGCGAAGACGCACGCGUGAAGCGAGAGAUAAAAAGAAAAUACAAAGUACACAGCCGAAUCAAAACAAAGAGCAUCAUCGGUGUGCGUCGAGGGAAAAUAAUAAGCGUUUUGCUGCACACGGAGUGGGAAUACAACGCUGAAAAGGAAAGCUGCUGCACACAGCUGUGUCGAGAGAGAGCGAAAGCAAUAGCGGGUCUUUGAACGCUUAGAAAGUACACAUCGCACACGCACACGCACACGCACAGAGCCGCAAGAUGAAGCCGCCAGCGUACAACAACUCCGAGGACCAAGUCCAGCAGAUCUCCCAGGAGCAGGGCGAGCGCAACGUCGCUAUGGCCGUCUGCGUCCAGUUGGCCGGUCGGGCCAUCAUAAGGGUCGUCUCGAGAUGCGAAGAAGCUCAGGACAACUGCCAGCUCGAUCUGUCCGAGUGCCAACUCAUGCAAGUGCCCGAUGCCGUCUAUCAUCUCAUGCGACACACGGAACUCAAGAGCUGCGAUCUCUCGGGUAACGUCAUCACCAAGAUACCCCCGAAAUUCGCCGUCAAAUUCUCGCUCAUCAGUGAAUUGAACCUAAGCCACAACCAAAUGAGCAAACUGCCGGAGGAGCUGUCCGAACUCCAAGCCCUUGAGAGGCUCGACAUUUCACACAACGCCUUCAUCGCCCUGCCUAUGGUCACUUGCCGGAUACCUCAGCUCAAACGCUUACUCGCCAACAACAAUUCUAUAAUAGAGGUGGACGUCGAACUACUGAGGCACGCACCGCAGCUCGAGUUGGUCGACCUAAGAGACAACCCACUACCCUCGCGAACCCACGAUCACCUGCAAAAUCUCUCGAUGCGAUUGAAGAUCGAGUUGUCUCCACGACAGCGCGAGGAAUGGGAGGAUCUCAGCGUUUGAACUACGCGCUACAGCUCGCACCUAAGAUCCUCAUCACAAAAACACACCUACGAUUAUAAUACUCAAGACUUUGCGGAAGACGGUAGUUAAUGUAUACGCUCUAGUAAGGGAGGAGGGACGCGAUCAGUCCCUCCUCGUACAUACAUUUUUUGUCUUUUUGUACAGUAUGAUUUUUAAUUUAUAUAGCGUUUAUUAUUAACGAAAGAGACUGCGCCGCGCAGGCUGUUCGUAUCGCGCGCUGGGGUGUGGUUUGGGCACCGUGCACUGGACAUUUCAGGGAUAUAAUUGCUCCGAAACAAAUUUCCGAGACAAGUGUCAGCUAUACUGUAUAGAAGAAAGAAAGAGAAUUAACCUCAAGAGUAUAUAUAACGCGCGUUGCGAAAAGCGUUAGCGAAGAUCCUCUGAAUACUCGUUACAUCUCCAACAGAGAAAUUCGUUCGACGCGGGUGCGAUAAUGCAUGCGUCGAAUAAGUCCACAUGCUCAAAUAAUAUAAAGAUAUAACUAUCAUUACGUCUAGUAACGUAAAAAUUGUUGCGCUACCUUUGCAUUAUUGUACAAACGACUGCUUCAUAAUUUCGUACUCCGCUGAGUACGGGAUCAAUGAGGCGAGCUUCUGUAGUGAACGUUUAUGAAUUUCAAAGAGAAAAUUAUGCAUUAUUGUGAUAAUAAUACUUGCAUUUCAAUUCGCAUUAUUUUCAAUGUGAAUUGAAUAUACGCAUCGCGCGAAACAUGUAAAAUAUUCAUUGUUAACAAAUACACACACACACACACACACACACAUAUAUAUAUACAUAUAUACAUAUAUACAUAUAUAUUUACUAAAGUUUGUAAUUAAUUUUACUAAUUGUAAAUACGUGAAUCAUAACGAUAUUUUUACAAAUAUUUUCGUAUUCACUUCGCUGCUUUUGAGCUUAUAUAAAACUUCUUAGCUUAUAUAAAAUGGUAGAGAACAAUGAUUUUCGAUUAAAUUGUUCAUUAUCGCACCCAGAAUUGUUCAAUGAUUGAUGUUUCGAUGCCUGCGUACUUAAAAUAUAUUCGGCAACAUACUUUCGACUGGACUCUGAGUCGUGAUAUAUCCAUGACGAAAGACGACAUUGUAAAAAGAACAAAAUUAGCGACAAGUUGUUAACGGUCAAUUUUCUAGACCUUUUCUGUGAUUCAUUCUAUAUGACAAACGUUUGUUUUAUGAGCAAAAACUCGAUAAUACUAUUAAUAAUCUUCAUGCUUUGACAAUCAAAAAAUUGAAUGCAGAAAAUAAAAAGUUUAUACAAUAUUCAUGCGAUAACUUCGAUAAAGAAUGAGUACCUACACACUAAUAAUUUUGGCCGUUAUCAAACUCAUAUUACCAUUCGAUUGAAUCACGAGUAUUUUAAUGUAACACAUUCAAAGCAAAUCGUGAAUGAUAGUUUUUAAGUUAAGAUUUGUUAGUCUUCUUUUUGUAUUUCACAAGAUGCGCUACUGAUUGAUAAUCAUCGCAUAUUGUGUUUGUUUAUUAAAAAUAACAUGACUGCCAAUAAAACUUUAUCACGGUCCGUCCUGCGGCCAUUCGGCCGCCGGUGACUUUGCAGUAACAUACUUAUAUAAAGUUAUUAAUUACCAUGUACAGACAGAUAUAGAUCAGUGUGUGCUACGAGCUAGCGGUACUUUUCGACUUUUCGACAGUGAUGCUACGUGCGCUGACUCUAUUCGAGAAAUCGUAUAAGAAAUUUUCUAUCUAUGUAUUUUUGUGCGUUUACAAUGUAACACACUGUAUUUUCGAUCUAGUCAAUUGUCCACUGGACGUAAUACACUUUAUGAGAACAGAA